UGGAUCUUGUUGCAUGGCUUAUAAGCUCGAUGGAAUGGAUUCAGAUUCCAAAAUCUUUCUUUUUCAGUCCUCGUAACGGGGAAUUCUACAACUACCUCGAGACUCACGCCAUAGGAACUGUUAGUCAAUUCUUUUGAUAUAGUCUGAGUGAUAUCCUUGUUGAACUUGCAGGAUCAGCGGAGCUGAGCUGCGCUUAUUUGCACCAAACAAUGUGGGUUGAUCGAAAUUGAUGAUGCUCAAGUGAUUGCUGGCGCCGGGGGUAGCUCGUAAGAUGAAGAUGGAGGAUAAUUUGUUGUACUCCAGAGCACAUUGGGUCAGUAAAUCUUUGAUUGCGUGGAAUGAGGAUAUUGGGGAUGGGUUUUGCUAUCUACUUGCUAGUAGAGAUGCCUCUUUGUCCAUGGCAAAUAAUGAAAUUCAAGGUGAAGAUGUGAAAAUUAAGCUUGAAGAAGAUAGAGCCGGCCUUCCUACAUAUGUGGUGGAAAAAUUUCCGCAUAUUCAAGAUUAUAAAGCUUUUAAAUUGCCAACUUCUUUGGACGUUAAGGAUCUUCUCAAAUGUCAGUUAGCAGUUGUUAUCUAUGACUCUGAUGAGAAGUGCAGGAAUUGUACUGGUUUGCAGUUACCUGGUGUUAUAGAUGAAGUUUUUUCAUAUAAUGGCCCCCUUGGUGCAUUUUUCUCAAGAGAUGCUGUUUCACUUUACCUAUGGGCUCCUACCGCUCAGGCGAUACAUGCUUACAUCUACAGGGGCCCAACGGGAGAGGACCCUAUUGAAAUUGUACAGUUGGAGGAGGAUAAUGGUGUUUGGAAAACUAAAGGACCCAAGAGUUGGGAAGGCUGUUACUAUGUCUACGAAGUAAAUGUUUACCACCCUAGUACCUUGCGAGUUGAAAAAUGCUAUGCCAACGAUCCAUAUGCUAGAGGACUUUCAUCAGAUGGCAGGAGGACAUUUUUAAUUAAUCUUGAUUCUGAUGAGUUAAAACCUGAUGGAUGGAAUGAUCUGGCAAACAAGAAACCUGUUCUGCAUUCUUUCUCAGAUAUAAGCAUUUAUGAAAUGCAUGCAAGAGAUUUCAGUGCCAAUGACUCCUCUGUGCAACCUGACCUUCGUGGUGGUUAUUUGGCCUUCACAUUGCUGGAUUCAGCUGGUGUACUUCAUCUAAAGAAAUUAUCAAGUGCCGGCAUCACCCAUGUCCAUCUACUUCCAACUUUUCAGUUUGCUGGAGUUGAUGAUCAAAAGGAGAACUGGAGAUCUGUAGAUUUUUCAGAACUAGAAGGUCUGCCACCAGAUUCAGAUCAGCAACAAGCUCUUAUUACAGCCAUUCAAGACUAUGAUGGAUACAAUUGGGGGUACAAUCCUGUUCUUUGGGGGGUUCCUAAAGGCAGUUAUGCAAGUAAUCCAAAUGGCCCAUACCGUAUAGUUGAGUUCCGUAAGAUGGUUCAGGCACUUAACCAUAUUGGCCUUCGUGUUGUGUUGGAUGUUGUGUACAAUCAUCUGCAAGGAAGUGGGCCCUUUGAUGAGCAUUCUGUCCUUGACAAGAUUGUUCCAGGUUACUAUCUAAGACGGAAUGCUAAUGGGUUUGUUGAGCAUAGUACUUGCAUGAACAACACUGCCAGUGAGCACUUUAUGGUUGAUCGUUUGAUCAUUGAUGAUCUUAUACACUGGGCCGUCAAUUACAAGAUUGAUGGGUUCAGAUUUGAUCUCAUGGGUCAUAUUAUGAAGAGCACUAUGGUGAAAGCAAAAAAUGCACUCCAUUGCUUAACCAAGGAAAGGGAUGGAAUUGAUGGUUCGAGUAUCUACAUAUAUGGUGAAGGAUGGGACUUUGGUGAGGUUGCCAAAAAUGGACGUGGGGUAAAUGCUUCACAGUUUAAUCUUUGUGGAACUGGAAUUGGGAGCUUCAAUGAUCGAAUUCGAGAUGCUGUACUUGGUGGGUCUCCGUUUGGUCAUCCACUCCAACAAGGAUUUGCAACUGGUCUGUUAUUGCAGCCUAAUGGCCAUGAUCACGGGACAGAAGCUAAUGCAGACCUAAUGCUUGGCGCAUCAAGGGAUCACAUCCAGGUUGGAAUGGCUGCAAACUUGCGAGAUUUUGUACUAACCAAUUCUGAAGGAAAAGAGGUAAAAGGUUCAGAAGUUCUGCUACAUGAUGGGAUACCUGUUGCAUAUGCUUCAUCCCCCACAGAAACUGUUAACUAUGUUUCUGCUCAUGACAAUGAAACCUUGUUUGACAUUGUGAGCUUGAAGGCUCCAGUGUCUAUCCCUGUAACUGAGAGAUGCAGGAUAAAUCAUUUGGCAACAAGUAUUAUAGCCCUCUCACAGGGGGUACCAUUUUUUCACUCUGGUGAUGAGAUACUCCGCUCAAAAUCACUUGAUCGAGAUUCAUACAAUUCUGGAGAUUGGUUCAAUAGGCUUGAUUUUUCAUACAAUUCUAAUAAUUGGGGUGUUGGGCUUCCUCCACGGGAGAAAAAUGAGAAGAACUGGCCACUAAUGAAACCAAGAUUGGCGGAUCCAUCUUUCAAGCCUCUGAAGAGCGACAUCCUUGCCAGUUUAGAGAAUUUUUUAAACCUGUUGCGUAUAAGGUACUCAUCACCACUAUUCCGUCUGAGGACAGCAAAUGCUAUCCAGGAACGAGUACGAUUUCACAAUACUGGACCAACAUGGGUUCGAGGGGUCAUAGUGAUGAGCAUUGAGGAUGGCCAUGAUGGCGUUUCAGGCUUGUCACAACUUGAUCCAAUGUAUUCGUACAUUGUCGUUGUUGUGAAUGCAAGUCCCAGCGAGGUAUCAUUUGUUAGUCAUUCCCUGCAAUCAAGAAGUCUUCAGUUGCAUCCUAUUCAGGUGAAAUUACUGGAGAUCUCUAUCUGUAUUUUUUUUUUUUAA